AUGGGGACCCUUUUCGAGGAAUACCUGACAAGCCUCGGAACACUGGUCAAGCCCUACUACUGGCUCAAUGCCUCCCCAGACUGUGUUCACUGUCCUUACCACAUCCGCACUGGGGAAGAAGCCAGAAUCCCGGUUGCUGAGUUUUAUCAAGUCUUCGGGUUCCUUCCUGGGCCCAAGGGGCCUCCAACCAGGCACCUCACCUUCUAUGAGCUGAAAACCACCUCAGGCCAUCUGUUGCAGAAGGGCCAGGCCAGCAGCUGCACCAGCUGUGGUGGGCACCCUGAGGAGCUGCUGUUUGAAGCAAGUGGUUACUUGGACUGGGCCCUACACUGGGAUGGUGGCAUCAGCCAGAUCAUCCUAUACUCCAGCCUGAACCCCUGCAAUGAAGCUGGCCACCACUGCAUCAGCAAGAUGUGUGCCUUCCUGGAACAGCAUCCUGACGUGGUGCUCAGUGUCCACCUUGCAAGGCUCCAUCACACCCACAGCCCUUGGCCCACUGCAGCCUGGAACCGUGAGGCCCUUCGGAGCCUGGCCAGUCUGUGGCCAAGGGUUGGGGUGAGCCCCAUUGAUGAGGGCCUCUGGCACAGCCUCCUGGUCCACUUUGUGAGUGAGGUGCCAGGGUCAGCAGCCUGGCAGCCCGUCCUGGCCAGGAGGGCACAGGUGGACAAGCAGCUGGCGGAGGACCUUUAUGACAUCAUGGGGACGCAGUCUGAGGACUCUGAUACUCGGGCUGACCCAGGGUAUUUCUGGGCCUUUCCAGCUACCAGAGGGUCAGUCCAGUCCACAAUGACCCCUGACCCCUGGGUGCCAGUGAUUUUUGUGUUGGUUCCACUCAGAGAUCUUCCACCCAUCCAAGUGGACCCCAUCUCCCUGAGGCCCAGAAAUGUGGUGCGGCACUUAAACAUGCCUCAGUUGCCCUUCAUGGAGAGCAGGGACUAUGCAAAUAGCCUAGAGACAGAGGAAGAAGAGGUGCCGGGGCCAAAGAGCAUUCUACUGGUCAAGGUCCCCCCUUCUUUGCAUAUAACUCAGACUCUCAUCCACCAGAGUUCCGUGCACCCCCAGACCCCUCCAGAGGGAUCCGUGAACACACACACGCGUGGGGGGUUCUGCUACCUUAGUUGGGGCGCUGCGGGUGUCUCGGAGAAGGGUUCACUCGGCGCUGACAGCCGGACGCAGGGGACGUGGCGGGCCGGGGCCGGACAGUCCAUCCCGCCGUACCGGCGAGUCCCGGGCCCUCCGGACCUCUCUCACGCAGGCCCCGCAGGCGGCGGCGGCGGCGAGAGCCCAAGCGCAGGCUCCCAGCGCCCAGCGCCCAUCGCCGCCAAGCUAAGUAAGCCCCUCACCUCCGCCAGUCUGGGGGGUACCGCAGAGAAGCGUUUCUAUGGCAACGCGCGUCGGCCCACGUGA